AUGUCUGCUACCGCUGCCCAACAUCACACCGACCACGCCAACACGGCCACGGCCGGUGCCACCAACGGCCACUAUAGCAAUGGCAACAGCAACGGUAACUCUGCUGAUCCAAAAGCCGACCUGGAGAAGGCUACCUCCCACAUGACUCACGACGAGCGGCACGCCGCCGUCCAUGCCGCCCGCUUCGGAUACGGUCCCUUGGCUCAUAUGCGAUCCACUGCUGAGACCAUGCUCCCUGCCUUCGGUGGUGAGUUCCAGCCUGGUCUUUACAAAGGCGUCGAGGGCCGCAAGUUCGCCAACCCUGCGCCUCUUGGUCUGUCCGCUUUCGCCCUGACCACGUUCGUCCUGUCUCUCAUCAACAUGGGCACUCUCGGUCUCAGCGAGCCCACCAUCAUCAUUUCUCUGGCUUUUGCGUACGGCGGUCUCGUUCAGCUACUCGCUGGCAUGUGGGAAAUGGCCGUUGGCAACACCUUCGGUGCGACCGCGCUCUCCUCUUACGGUGGCUUCUGGAUCGCCUUUGCCAUUCUGCUUACACCUGGCGGCUUCGACAUUGAGCCUACCCUGGAAGAAAGCGAAGGCGCCGCUGGUCUACUCAACAAUAUCGGUCUUUUCCUGAUGGGCUGGUUCAUCUUUACCUUCAUCCUCCUGAUCUGCACCCUCAAAUCCACUGUGGCCUUCUUCUUCCUCUUCUUCACUCUGGACUUGGCCUUCCUCCUCCUCGGCAUCGGCUACCUCCGCAACUCCGGCGGUCACCCCAACUCCGGCUGCAUCAAAGCGGGUGGCGCAUUCGGCAUCCUUGCUGCAUUUGCUGCCUGGUACAACGCUCUGGCCGGUAUCGCCGAUACUAGCAACUCGUUCUUCAUCAUUCCCGUUGUCCACUUCCCCUGGUCUGAGACUGGCAAGCAGCAGCGCCGCAAGACCACCGAGCACACCGCUUAA